UCCUCUAAUCCAUUACAUUGCCUGCAACAUCUCCAUCAUCUCCCGACUAACAUCAUCACAUCGAAAACCUAGUCGUUGUCUAGUUCUACAGACCUCGGCAACCAUGGUGCAACGCACUAAACUUGGUAAGAACGGCUGGUGAUUUCGCCUUCAUUCACAACUUGGGACAUUACCCUAGCUCGCCUGAAAAUCUAACCGUCACGCUGCAACUAAAGAUUGGUUCGCGAAUUCCGGGUGAAUUAAUGUGCAUCAGCACAGAUUUUUUGCCGCUCCGCCUGCACUAUCUUCUCGUUUUUGGCUACUCUGCAAAACACCCCAACUUCAUCUUCCGUUGCCUUUCCUUUCAUCUCCCCCCUCCUCUCAUUCUCGGCGGACGACCUCGCACCGCGGCUUCUUUCUCUGGUGCCGCCGCUAACGCCGCCCGCCCUGCCCCGCCCCUGUCUCACUUCAGGGCGUCGGAAGUUCGGAGCUUUUUCUCCGUGCCAGACACAGUUAGUUAGCGACUGAGUUCCAUUGAGUUAGCUGAGCUAAAUUUCACAGCUUAGCUUUAAGGGUACUUUUACUUAAUUGUUUGAUCGACUCAUUCUUGGUCGGUACGGAUUUCGGAGUUUCCUCAUUCUUGGCCGUCCAACUCGCUCGAUUCUAUCCCAAGUAACGAUUUCGACAUCGCUUGGUCCCACUUGUAUGAUCAAAUCAAGCGGCUGGAGUUGUUUCUCUCACGGUCGAUUCAUUCUUCAUUCUUCUCAACAGAAUGCUGAAGAAGCGAGCAAGGACAUCUCUCCUCUUCUCCUCUCCCACCUCCUUUGCUCUUUCUUCCUCGGUACCAUCGAUUUCCGCACGACUUGUGUGCCGCCACUUUCGGGAUUCGUGGUCUCCUUCCACAGCUCCCAAUCCCUCAAUCCCGCCUUCGAAGACCCAUCUCUAUGCCGCAUUCUUCUGCACCCUCGUCCGCCUCUUCCUCACCUCCGGCCGCUUCUCCCGAGCCAUGGACGCCUUCCUCUCCAUGCGAAGUUAUGGCCUUGCCCCGGCACUCCCCUACUGGAACCAGCUCCUGUCCCAUUUCAAUGCCUCCGGGCUGCUCUCUCAGACGGGCUUGGUCUACACCCACAUGCUUCACUGUGGCAUUUCGCCGAACACCUUCACUCAAAACGUACUGGUCCACUCUUUCUGCAAAAUGGGCAGUCUUGAUUUGGCCCUAGCUCUGCUCCAGGAUAGUCCUGACACAGUCGAUGUGGUCACAUACAAUACCAUCAUGUGGGGAUUCUGUCAACGAGGAAUGCCUCACCAUGGAUUCGGUCUCUGCUCUUCCAUGUUGAAGAAAGGUUUCUCCUUUGAUUCUUUCACUUCUAAUAUUUUUGUGAAGGGAUUCUGCCAAGCUGGGAUGUUAGACCAUGCAGAGCGGGUUACGGAGGAUUUUGUUCGGGGGGGUGUUAAUAGGGAUGUGAUAGGUCUGAACAUUCUGAUUGAUGCGUAUUGCAGAGCUGGCUAUAUCAAUCGUGGGCUUGAGUUGGUUGAAGAGAUGAGAAGAUUCAACUUGUCGCCUGAUAUCAUAACUUAUAACACUUUGAUAAGUGGGUAUUGCAGGAGAGGCGAUUUUGUUAGUGCCAACAGACUCGUUGAGGAAAUGUUGGGAAGAGCUGAACCUAAAACGGGAGAGAUCUCUAAGAGAGUGGAAUUAAAUCUAUUCACAUACACCACCCUGAUCAGUGGCUACUGUAAAUAUCUAGGACUCGACGAGGCAUUCUCUUUAUACGAGGAGAUGGUUUUGAAUGGUUGUAUCCCAGAUGUGGUUACUUACAGUUCGAUUAUAGAUGGCCUUUGCAAGCACGGAAGAUUGACUGAGGCAGUUUUGCUAUUAGGUGAGAUGGAGAAGAUGGGUGUCGAUCCCAAUCAUUUCGUGUACACAGCUCUUGUUCACUCCAGCUUAAAGAAGGGGAAGUAUAUGGAUUCACUUGGUUUGAUAAGCCAAAUGGUAGUUCGAGGAAUCAUCUUCGAUGUGGUUGUAUAUACUGCUUUGAUGGAUGGGAUGUUUACGUUGGGAAAGAUCAAUGAAGGGCAGAAAAUGUUUGAGAGUCUGUUGCUUAACAAUUUAGUCCCAAAUACUGUCACGUAUUCCUCAUUGAUUAGCAGCUAUUGCAAGUUAGGGGAUAUGGAAGCUGCAGAAUUUAUUUUGGAAAAGAUGGGAAAAGAACUUAUGGCUACAAAUGUCAUUACUUAUUCUUCCAUUAUCAGUGGCUACGUGAAGAAAGGCAUGCUCGAUGAAGCUGUGAAAAUCUUGAGGAAAAUGGUUCAGCAACAAAAUAUAUUCCCGAAUAUAUACAUCUAUGUGGUACUAAUAGAUGGCUUCCUCAAAGCAGGCAGACAAAAUGCUGCUUCCGAUCUUUAUCUUGAGAUGAAAUCGAGAAACAUCGAAGAUAAUAAGUUCAUACUCGAUGCUUUUGUGAAUGAUUUCAAAAGGGCUAAGAAAAUGGAAGAAGCUGAAGUCCUUGUUAAAGAUAUGACAUCGAGGGGUGUUUUACUUGAUCGUGUUAAUUACACAUCUCUAAUGGACGGUUUCUUUAAAGUGGGAAAGGAAGCAGAUGCACUUAAAAUUGCUGAAGAGAUGACAGAGAAAGAGGAGACGAGGCUGGAUAUCAUUGCUUACAAUGUGUUGAUUAACGGUCUCUCGAGGCUUGGUAAAUACGAAGAGCAGACUAUUUAUGCUGGAAUGAGGGAGUUGGGUCUGUCUCCGGAUUCUGCUACUUACAAUACAAUGAUUAAUGCUUAUUGCAGGGAGAAAAAUGUCGAUAGUGCCUUUAGAUUAUGGAAGGAGAUGGAGAGUGGCGGCUCGAGGCCCAACCUAAUCACAUGUAACAUAUUACUUAAAGGGCUUUCAGAGGCGGGUUUAUUGGACAAAGCGAACGACGUUUUAAAUAAGAUGUCAAGCCUGGGUUUAUGUCCUACAAUAACUAUUUAUAGGGCCAUGCUUAAUUUAUCUUCAAAGUCUAGAAGGGCUGAAGUAAUUCUACAGAUGCACAAGAAAAUUGUGGACAUGGGGCUUGAACUCAACCGGGAUGUUUGCAACUCUCUCAUAAGUACGUUAAGCAGGCUUGGGAUGACGCAAAAAGCCAAUUCAGUGUUGAUCGAUAUGCGGGAAAGAGGAAUUGCGCCCAACACCAUAACAUACAAUUCGAUUUUGCGUGGCUACUGCAUUAGCAACCAUUUGAAGAGGGCAUUUACUUUGUACUCUGAGAUGUUGUCUGAAGGAGUUUGCCCUAAUAUUUUCACGUACAAUAUUCUUAUUUGGGGUCUCUGCUCUGCUGGUUUGAUGUUAAAAGCUGAAGAGCUAUCUAGUGAAAUGAAGGAGAAAGGCUUAUAUCCUGAUGCUAUCACCUAUGAUACCUUGGUUUCUGGAUAUGGAAAACUUGGGAACAAGAAGGAAUACCUCAAAUUGUAUUGUGAGAUGAUAACUAAAGGCUUUGUUCCCAACACAGGCACCUACAACGUCCUUAUAAGUGAUUUCUGCAAAGAAGGAAAACUGACCCAGGCCAAAGAACUCAUGAAUGAGAUGUUGGCUCGAGGUGUGAGCCCUAAUGCUUCAACCUACGAUAUACUAAUUUGUGGCUGGUGCGAGCUAUCGAAACAACCAGAGAUGGAUAAAAUAUCAAAAAGGUCUUACAAAUUGGAGGCAAAAAUAUUAUUGAAGGAGAUGACCGAAAGAGGGUUUGUGCCGAGUAAAAGCACUCUUUCUGGGAUCAGUUGUACCUUUGCCAAACCAGGGAAAAAGGUUGAUGCUGAGAGAUAUUUGAAGGAACUCUUCCUAAGGAAGAAAAAUUACUAAAGUGGCAUUUGGGACAGCUUCUGGAAUACUCAAAAUGUUUACAAAUUGUGAGAUUCUUCCACCUCCUAAGAAGUUACCCUAGAUCAAAGGCUGCAGAAUCAAUGAGGCUGAUGCUUGAAUAAACGGUGACAAGAGGUUCCACCUUUGCCACAGAAUGUUAUUCUUCAACUUGACAAGCAGCUUGCCUACACUCUCAGGAUUUCUUCUUUUUGACCUUAUGGAAGGCAAUGGCGUGCAUGACUGUAAGUGCUACUAUUUUUUCAUGGUCUUACUUUGCAGAUGCCUCAUCACAGGUAUGAAGUCUACAUAUAAUUUCUAGAGACUCAUUGUUUGAAUUCCAUUGCAUUGCUAUAACUUUCUCUACAUAAUUUCUAGUGCUGUUUGAAUUAGGUUUUUGUUGGUGAUGAGAACAGAAGCCAGCAGAGUCUUUCUUUUACAUUCAGCUUUUACUGUUAAAGUCAUAUAGUUACCUAUGUUAGUAUAGGGUACUUUUACAAAAAUAAAGGUCGAUGAAAGCUUUUGAUUAUUAGCCACCAUUACGGCAUCGAGGCAUAUAGGCGCUGACUCUUCUGUGUUUUCUUCACUUCUUUCCCUCCCUCCUUCCUGCACCCGCAGCAUCUACUGCUUCUUGUCUUAAUUAGCUGUUCUGUAUAUAUUGUCAUUUGCAUGCUCUGUUUACACUUAUGCUUAUGUCAAAUGAGAAUCUAAUGCGUACACCUUGUUGCUUUUCUGGUAUAGGCUCUAAAUGGCCUGGAACUGCAUGGAGGAAAGUUACAAUCUGG